AUGUCGGCCCGCUCGGCCGCGACGGGCGACGUCUCGCCGGGCGUGCCGGGCACGCCGGCGGGCAGCACGGCGGGAGGACAUGGGACGCCUGGCGGCGUGAGCGUCGGGGCGGGGCAGCGCUCGAGUGGGGACCGGGAUAGUGGGAGCGCGGGAGGGGCGAGCGCCGCAGGGACGGGCAAGGAGGGCAAGAAGAGCAAGGGCUUUGGGAGCUUCUUCGGUGCGUCUGCGUCUCUCUCUCUCUCUUUCCGCUUCGUCGUCGACGGCUCGAGCGGGACUGACGCAGCUCAACUCCCCGCCGCAGCCGACGUCUUCUCGAACACGGGCGGUGGCGGCAGCAGCAGCAGCAGCCGCAAGGUCGAAAUCUCGACGCCGUACGACCCGGUCCACCUCACGCACGUCGGCUUCAACUCGGACACGGGCGAGUUCACCGGCCUGCCGAAGGAGUGGCAGCAGCUCCUCCAGAACGCCGGCGUCUCGCGCGAGGAGCAGGCGGCGCACCCGCAGGCCGUCGCCGAGAUCGUCGCCUUCUACCAGGACGCGACCAAGGGCAUGACGGCGCCUCUCGACACCGAGGACGACGCGCCUGCUCCCCCUCCCGGCGUUGCGCCUCACCGUCCGCCGCCGCCGUCGUCGCAGCCGUCCCAGUCGUCCCUCGACCGCGCUCGCGACCUGCGCUACACCCAGGACCGCAGCCUCGGCCCGACCGCCGUCCCGCCCUCGUCCGACCGCCGCACGCCGACGGGUCAGAGCGCCGCCGACUCGCUCCACCGCUCGCAGAGCGAGCGCGUGUCGCCCUCGCCGACGCCGCCGCUCGCCCAGCCGACCAAGUCGGCCCUCGACCGCGCGCAGAGCCAGCGCGCCCCGACCUCGUCGUCGUCCCUGUCGUCGGCGCCACCCGCUCCGCACCGUCCUGCGCCUGCAAAGCCGCCAGGCGCCGGCUCUGCGGGCGCGCUCGCCAAGAAGCCGUCGCUCGCCGCCAAGGCCGACGACGGCGCGCCGGUCAAGCCUGGCGGGCCCGGUGCGCACCCGAGGCGUCGCGAGCCCAAGAACCGGGCGGGCAAGGAGGGCGACAUCGUGCAGCGCCUGCAGGCCAUCUGCACCGACGCCGACCCGACCAAGCUCUACCGCAACCUCGUCAAGAUCGGCCAAGGCGCAUCCGGCGGCGUCUACACGGCGUACCAGGUCGGGACCAACCUGAGCGUCGCGAUCAAGCAGAUGAACCUCGAGCAGCAGCCCAAGCAGGACCUCAUCAUCAACGAGAUCCUCGUCAUGAAGGAGUCGCGGCACGCCAACAUCGUCAACUACAUCGACUCGUUCCUGCUCCGAGGCGACCUGUGGGUCGUCAUGGAGUACAUGGAGGGCGGCAGCCUCACCGACGUCGUCACGUGCAACAUCAUGAGCGAGGGCCAGAUUGCCGCCGUCUCGCGCGAGGUCCUUCAAGGCCUGCGCCACCUGCACUCGCGCGGCGUCAUCCACCGCGACAUCAAGUCGGACAACAUCCUUCUCUCGAUGCAGGGCGAGAUCAAGCUCACCGACUUUGGCUUCUGCGCGCGCAUCAAGGGCGACGAGUCGAAGCGGACGACCAUGGUCGGCACGCCGUACUGGAUGGCGCCCGAGGUCGUCACGCGCAAGGAGUACGGCCCCAAGGUCGACAUCUGGUCGCUCGGCAUCAUGGCGAUCGAGAUGGUCGAGGGCGAGCCGCCGUACCUCAACGAGGCGCCGCUCCGAGCCCUGUACCUCAUCGCGACCAACGGCUCGCCGACGAUCCAGAACCCGGAGCAGCUCAGCACCGUCUUCCGCGACUUUCUCGCCGUCGCGCUCGAGACGGACGUCGACCGCCGACCCGACGCGGCGGGCCUCCUCGACCACGCGUUCCUCGCAAAGGCGGCACCGCUCGCGACGCUCAACCCGCUCAUCGUCGCCGCCAAGCAGGCCGCCAAGAAGAGCUAGUCGUCGCUCGUCCCGCCUCUCCUUCCGUUCCCUGUACUCCCCCCUCCCUUCUCCCACUCGCGGUCGUGGUUCUCCUCUCCGUCGCGCUGUUGUGCAGUGAAUUAAUCGCCCGGCCUUUUGCACUGUC